AUGCAACUCCGUCUCACUUUCGUGGCCGUCGUUGCCGCCUUCGCACUCGCCUCUCUCUCUCAAGCCGAGGAGGCCAAGCCCGAAGCCACUGAUCUGGUCUCUGCCGUCAAGAACGAGGUCGACGAAUUUGGCAACGUCUUCUCCAUCAUCAACGACGGUGCUGACGAGGAUGGCGACGAGGAGGAUGAGGCCGAGAAGACCUACGUCGAGAAGAAGGUGCACAACAAGCAGAGCGAGACUGCCGAGGAGCAAAACGCUCAACCAGAGUCUCGUUCGCCCAAGAAGCACCACAAGAAGAACCACCACAGGGCUGGAAAGAGAAAGGGAAAGAAGCACUACACCACUGCUGCUCCCGACACUGGUGCCAAGCGUCUCUCUAGCAGUGUCCAGAUCACCUGGUACUCCAAGAACGACCUCAAGAACCCCGCUUGCGGCAACGGCUCUUGGAACCCUACUCCUAGCGUAAGUGAAGCGCACUGUUGACACGGUCCGAACGGUCCGAAAAUCCCAAACUCAUUACCGAUCAUGCUCGUCGUCUUGGCGGUCCUCAUUCAGUCCCACAUUGGUGCCGUCAUGGCCACUUGGCACUCUAGCGGCGGCCCCAAGUGCGGAGAAUUUGUUCAGCUCUGCAACAAGAACUCUGGCAACAAGUGCCUGAAGGGUGAGCAUAGAGGUCACCGUCAUGUAAAACAUCCUUUCGCACCCAUCGCUGAUUACAAACACGGUUGACUCUUUCCGCAACAGUCCGUGUUGUUGACUACUGCGCUGGCUGCCCCACCGACGCCAUCGACCUGACCAAGAGCGCCUUCAAGAAGCUCUCCCCAAGCGGAGGUCUCGACGAGGGUCGUAUUCACGGUCUGCAGAUGUACUACUCUGGCAAGCCCAACCCCUUCAACACCGACCUCUUCGGUCCUUUCCGUCUCCACAAGUAA